AUGGUCACCCAUAAAGGUCACAGAAUACAUCCAGACGAUGAGAAUACUUCGUUCUUCUCUCCAUCACCAGUGCCUUCCUUCUCUGGGUCUGGUAUACAGUCCCGUGAUAACAUUCAUUUAGCUUCUUCAUUAUCGCUCAAUGACUCUAGUAAAUUGACUCGUAGUAAUCUGGUAGCAACCAAUGCAGAUAUCCCUUCUUAUACACCUCCUUGGACUACACCAUACAUCAUUGGUGUAGCUGGAUACUCGGGAUCUGGAAAGACAUCCAUAUCGCAAAGAAUCAUUCAAGAGUUAAAUCAGCCUUGGACCAUAUUAUUGUCGUUUGAUAACUUUUAUAACCCGCUAAAUAAGGAGCAGCGCCAACAAGCAUUCGAUUGUGAGUUCGAUUUCGAUGAGCCUGCCUCCUUAGAUUUUGACUUGUUGUGUGAAUGUGUCAGCUCGUUGAAGGCUGGUAACAAGACUGAGAUCCCCAAUUACUCAUUCGUAGAUCACAAUAGAACCGGAAAGUCAUCCACCAUUUAUGGAGCCAACGUCAUAAUAAUUGAAGGAAUUUAUGCCCUAUAUGAUCAAAGGCUUUUAGAUAUGAUGGAUGUCAAGAUCUUUGUCGAUACGGACUUGGACAUUUGCCUUGGGAGAAGACUUUCGAGAGACAUCUUGGAUAGAGGAAGAGAGUUGAUGGGCGCCAUCAAGCAAUGGGAAAAAUUCGUAAAGCCUAAUGCGGUCCGCUAUGUCAUGCACACUAUGAAUAAUGCAGAUUUGGUCAUACCCAGAGGCAUGGACAAUAUCGUUGGGAUCAACAUGAUGAUUAAGCAUAUCCAGAACCAGUUAUCAUUGAAGAGUGAAUUACAUUUGGAGCAUUUGCAAAGAUUGGGGUUAACUCAUGACUUGAAUUUAUCCAAAAAGGAGAAUAUCAAGAUCUUACCAAGCACAAACCAUACCAAUGGUGUAAAUCUGAUUUUACUCAGCAAGGACACUGACAGGACAGAUUUCAUCUUUUAUUUUGAUAUCAUUGCGUUUAAAAUUAUUGAACAUGCUCUUGAGUUUUUGACAGAGUUCGAAGAAAAUAUACCUAUAUCUACAUAUGGAAACUAUACUUACAACGGAAUGAAGCUGAAGGAUGAAAUUAUUGCAGUGAACAUCAUUAGAUCAGGAGAUUGUUUCAUGUCGUCUGUGAAGAAGACAUUCCCAGAAAUUGCUAUUGGAAAGCUAUUGAUCCAGUCAGAUUCGAUGACCGGUGAACCACAGUUGCAUACCGAACUGUUACCUAAAUCAAUAAAGAAUGUUCUGAAAACUGGAAGAAAGAUUUUCCUCUUCGAUGCCCAAAUCAUAUCCGGGGCUGCUUCGAUCAUGGCCAUCCAGGUUUUAGUAGACUAUGGGAUCAGUGUUAAGGAUAUUAUUUUGUGCUCAUACUUGUCUACAGAGAUUGGUAUUCGCCGUAUUAUACAUGCAUUUCCUGAUGUUAAACUUGUUUUAGGAAAGGUUAGUAGCAUGAAUUCCAGUCAAGAAGAAGGAUUGGUCCGUGGUGAGGUUGUUGAUAAGAUUGACGGUUAUAAUUUAGAGGGUUUCAAAGACACAGACUGGGUGUUUUCGAAUAGAUACAUCGAUUCGCUUUACUUUGGAACUGAUUAA